AUGGUUGGAAUAAUGUCGUCAACGAGUAGCACACGUAAGAAGUCACUGUUGAAAGUGAUCAUAUUGGGUGAUUCGGGUGUUGGUAAGACGUCUUUGAUGAACCAGUACGUGAAUAAAAGGUUCAGUAAUCAGUACAAAGCAACCAUUGGUGCUGAUUUCCUAACAAAAGACGUGAUGAUUGGCGACAGAAUGGUUACUAUGCAGAUCUGGGAUACGGCCGGACAGGAAAGGUUUCAAUCUCUCGGUGUUGCAUUUUAUCGAGGCGCAGACUGUUGUGUUCUAACGUAUGAUGUUACAAAUGCCAACUCGUUCAAAAGUCUCGAAUCGUGGCGAGACGAGUUCCUUAUCCAAGCAAGCCCACGAGAUCCAGAGCAUUUCCCGUUCGUUCUGCUGGGAAACAAAAUCGAUUUAGAAGUGAAUCGAGCAGUGAGCACCAAAAGGGCUGAGUCGUGGUGUAAUUCCAAGAAUAAAAUGAAAUAUUAUGAGGUAUCGGCAAAAGAAGCGUUGAAUGUCGAGCAGGCAUUCAUAGAGAUAGCACGUGAUGCAUUACAAAGAGAAUCACACGAUGUUCAAGAUUUUCCCGAAUUUCCGGAUCAAAUAAGACUGGACAACCGACAACAAACACAGCCAUCGGGUGGUUGUAAUUGCUGA